CAAUGCGAAAAGAGUUCCAUGAACCAGAACCGCUUGAAACAGAAUCCGUUGUGCGCGAAAAUCUUUCAAAUAUAGGACGCGAAGCAGCUGGGAAUUAAAACAAACAACUGUUUUCCAAAAACCAAAAAAAUUAGUGUUGAAUUUAUCAAUCAUUGAACUGUAAGCUAAAACGAAAAACGAAAAAAAGUUAAAUUACAUACUUACAUAUGUACAUAUGUAUAUGUAAAUUGGAUAUAAUUGAAGCGAAAUUGAAAGAACUUUAAAAAACUCAAACAAAUUACUAACAUUAAAAAAAGAAAAUGGAUCCACAUGACGCGGAUAAUUGCAAGUGUCACAAGCAGACAGCGCCAGCACAACAAACGCUCAGUGAUAUGGAAUUCGAUCGUGGCAUCUGGAAUGCAGCUAUCUACAAUGAGCCGGAGCGCGUACGCGGUUUCAUUGGCCGUGGCAAAUCCAUGGAUCGCGAUGACUUUGAUUACACAGCACUCCACUACGCAGCGCGCAAUGGCAAUGUUGAAAUAUGCAAAAUGUUGAUCGAUGAGGGCAAAGUAGAUGUGGAUGCUGUCACCAAAGCGGGUGCUACAGCGUUACAUCGCGCUGCCAUGAUGGGUCAUUUAAAUGUUGUAAAAUUGUUGGUUGCUGCCAAGGCCAAACUCCAACUGCAAGAUGAAUACGGUCAGACAGCACUGCAUCGGGCUGCUAUACGCGGUCAAUUAGAUGUUUGUAAAUUUCUGCUCGAAAAGGAUCCAACAUUGAAGGGAAUUAAGGAUAAGAAGGAGAAAAUUCCCUAUGAAUAUAUAAUGGAGAAUGCCAAUGAUGAUUUCAAAUUAUUGCUUAAGCCUUAGAGUCAAACUAAAAGAAAGAAAAAAACAACAAAUUUAUAAGAAAUAUCAAAAGGAAAUAAUAAUUAUCAACUAAACACACAAAAGUUAGCUGACAUACACACACAUUUAUGCAUACUUACGUUGUACAUAUACAUAUACAUACAUACACACAAAUGCAAAGCCACGUUAUGCCCCGCUUUUUGACUUUGCUUUCUUACCUUGCACAACUAUCUUUGGAAUAAAACUGUUUGGCUUUUUCGGAUAUCUGGAAUUCAAAGGAUUUUCAUGUUUUAUUGACUCGUGUGCUUGAGUGGAACAUUUGGCAUUACAAAUGUCAAUUUAAACUGAGCGCGAUUAUUAUUAUUAUUUUAUUUUUAUUUUUUAUUCAAUUUUCAACUUCCAUUAUUGGUAUACGUUCUAGAAUAUAUUUUUUAACUACUCGCUACAUACAAUCUUAUUGAUCUGUUGAGGUUGAAAAUAUGUUUGUUGCACUUAUUGAGCUUUUACUAUGACUACAUAUACGCCUAUAUAUUGAAUACAAUAUCCAAGUGUAUGCUGAGUUGUAUUCGAAACGUUGUAUUUUGUAAUUCAAUUUCUUAAAAGUUUAUAUAAAUGAUGUGAGAACUUUUAAAAACCAUUUUUAAAAUACAUAAAUGCAUUUCAAAAACUAAUAAAAUUUGAUAUUGAUAUAUAUAUAAAACUUUGAUAAUAAUAAAUAUGUAUGUUUUCUUCGUCU